AAGACAAAUUGUUAACGUAAUAAUGAAAGUGACAUCGUGAAAAAGGUAGAAACAAAGGGGUGAGGUAGGGGGAAAGAGGAUAAGGAGAAGGAAGAAAGGAAAGAAAGAAAAUAAAAUAAGAUAGAGGAGAUAAAGAAUGGAGGAACCACAAAAACUUUUUCGUUUACCGGGUACGAUCGAAGAAGAGGAAGAAAGAGAUCCGGAAGCACAAACUCACGUAGGCACCGUAGGAGAAAAUCCAACGAGACCGGAAUCACCUUUGCUGGGUCAAAAAGGUAUCGGCACUUUGUCGAGUUUACCGAGAAACGUUACUCUCGUCAGGGUCAGUACUCAAAGUAGCAGCAUCGGUGGCGGAGUCGGUCGGCAAGAUUCCACCAGGAGCCGAUACAGGGCAGGACAAACAAGGAAGUUACGCCGUCGAGCGGUAUUAAAAAAUGGAGAUUGCAAUGUAUUGCAGUCACGAAUUUCUCGAAGGUCGUUGCGUUUCCUCCAGGAUAUAUUCACGACCCUGGUAGAUACGCAAUGGCGAUGGACGUUGCUCUGUUUCGCAUUGAGUUUUCUCCUAUCUUGGUUGGGUUUCGCGGUGAUUUGGUGGCUGAUCGCAUUCACUCACGGUGAUUUCGAGGAACGUCAUUUACCACCGUUUCAAGUCGAUAACAAUUGGACACCGUGCAUCUACAAUAUAUUUUCUUUCACGAGUUGCUUCCUAUUUAGCAUAGAGACACAACACACGAUCGGUUACGGUAGCCGAUCUACAACCGAAGAAUGUCCAGAGGCAAUUUUCGUGAUGUGUGUACAAAGCGUCGCAGGUGUUAUGAUACAGGCUUUUAUGGUUGGUAUCGUAUUUGCGAAAAUGAGUAGACCGAAACAGAGAACGCAAACCCUCCUAUUUUCAAAAAACGCCGUGAUUUGUCAACGGGACGGGGAGCUUUGCCUGAUGUUCCGGGUUGGUGAUAUGAGAAAGAGUCAUAUCAUUGGUGCAGCUAUUAGAGCCCAAAUGAUCAGAUCGAGGACAACUAAGGAAGGUGAAAUUUUAUCGCAAAAUCAGCACGAACUUGCGGUGGGCACCGAUGGACAGAACGGCAAUCUCUUUUUCAUCUGGCCGACGACGAUCGUUCACAAGAUUAAUGCGGAAUCACCUUUCUACAAUCUUUCAGCUGAGGACAUACUCACGGAUAGAUUCGAAGUGGUUGUUAUACUCGAAGGUACCAUCGAAUCGACCGGACAAACCACUCAAGCGAGGUCCAGCUACUUGCCUCAAGAGAUACUCUGGGGUCACAGAUUCGAACCUAUGGUGAUGUAUUCGAAAGAAAGGCAGGGUUACGAAGUCGACUACUCUCUUUUCGAUAGCACCACGCAAGUCGAUACUCCACUCUGUUCUGGUAGAGAACUCGCUGAAUUUUACAGGGUUCAGGAUGAAAUUCGUCUAGGGAACAGUGUAAUAAUAGACGAGGAUCAAUUGGACUUUAAUCAAGACGUACAAAGCCAUUGUUAUUGCGGACUUCGUUCGUCGGCUCCAACGAAUCACCUUCGUCAUCAUAAUCAUCAUCAUCAUCAUCAUCAUCAUAAUUAUCGUCAUUUAACGUACGUCGAUAGCGCAAGAAGCGAGAACAGUUUAGAAGAUAUACCAUUUGGUAAGCACGCCUGUAAGGACGUCAAUUGUAGUAUCGGGGGGCAUGGUCCUUCGAUGUUAACAAAUCGAGAAGUUGGUCAAUCAAAAUUGACUGAUGUUGAAUUGGAUGCUAUACAAGUGAUGGGUGACAUCGAGUUUAGACAUUUACCCGAAGCUGUGAACAGAGAGAUCAUAAAGAAUAGUCGAGAGAUAGUGUUCGAGGAACAGGAAUUUAGGGAUAGUGAUAAUUAUAAGGAAGAACAUCAAGGAAGAUUAAAUCAGCUUGGUUCGAAGAAAAGUUUCGUCAAGUAUCAUCCCCUUCUCGACGAGGAAAGAAGAUCAUUGAAUGGUUCGGGAAGAAAUCUCAAUAAUAGACAUUUUUCUAUAGGAUGCGAAGAAGGUAGAAGAUCUUUGAAUGGUUCUAGAAGAAAUUUGAACGGUUCCAAGAGAUUUCUAUUGUUGGCUAUCGAUCGAUCUAAUAGCAAUAGAAAUUUAAAUACUAUUACCAGCGGUGAAAGUUUAAUCGUUGCUAGACGUCACACGGGUAGUAGGGAACGUUUGGAUGGUAUCAAAAGAAAUAUUGUUUCGGGUAUGAAAGAAUCUAAAGAGAUACAUGAAAUUCCUGAAACGAAACAUCGAUUAAACGGUAGCGACGUAGAAGUACACAACAGAAUUAGUAUAGAAACGGAGAAAGCACCUAACAGAGGAAAAGCUGAACUUCGUGAGAUUUUGACAAAUGCCGAGGAAGGACAACAUUUUUCCGAGAGAUCAUCGAUAGGUCCGCAAUCACCGAUCUCGGAUCUCUCUCCAGAAUCUGGAUUCUUCGAAGGAAAUCAAUCGAGUCCGGAAAGUAAUCGAAGAUUUAGUCGAGUUCCUAGCAUUUCUACUAGAAAUCGAAGAAGUUACGAGAGCGCUCAAUUGCAGGACGUUAAUCAAGCCUUUUCGAAACGAGACAGUGCUAGCAGCUCGUCCGAUAGUGAUGGACAACAAAGCAAAACUUUAAUUGCCGAUGUUGAACCAAUAGCCAAUGGAAAACAACAGAACGGUACUACUUCGAAACAAACGAUCUCUUAUACAAGCGUUUGAUCAUUUCAGUGCCUUUUUUCACAAACACUUUUAACCUAUUUUCGUUUGUACUAUUACUCUUUCUAUCCAUCUAUAAUAUUAAAUAAUAUUAUUACGAAGGAGAAAUAUGGGAAGACAGCAGUUCGCUUUCGACCGCAGGACGGUCUAAUUUUUAGCUAAAUAAAUUCGAAUUGUUUCAAUACAAUUCGCUUAACGAAUACCAUUGAAUACAAUGCUACUCGUGUUAUCGUGAUAUCCUAUUUCUAAUGAAUUCAUUGGAUUAGCUUCGCGUAUCUAUCUAAAUACCUAUCUUAAGGUAUAAUAAUUUAUAUAAAUAUAUAUCCAUUUAUCGCUCUUACGUGAGAGUUAGAUGAAAACGACACAACGUGUUUCCCGUUAAGUUAUCAGAUUUCCCAAAGCUAUUCUAUUCUCUUCGUUUAAUCUCUAAAUUAUAUUUAGAGAUUCCCAACGUCGACUGCGAUUCGUACCACGAUAUUUACGGAUAUUUUAGGAUUGUAAGUUCGAUAGAUGAUUAAUUGAAUAAAUAAAUAAACAACGAGAACAACGACGACGACAACGACGACAAAGACAAAAAUACGAGCCCAGAAAGACAAAGAACGAUAUAAUAAAAGAAAUACGGUUUAAUUAAUUAUCUUUUUUUUACAGUAGCGAAUCUCUUUUUAGUCUUUUCAUUAAUUAUUAAUUAAUUUUUGGCUGCAUAUUUAUUAUCCCCGAAGUUUAUAACGUAUUAUAAAUAAUAGAUGCAAUUAUUUGUAUAUAUGAAGCAUUUUAAUUAGUUAUUACGUAUCGACGUGCAUGUAACGUAAAAAUAUAUCUUACACGUAAGUACGUAGUAUCAUUCCUUUUUCAACGAAUCGCAGGACGAAUAUAGAAUCGUUAACAACGAAUAUAGACAAAUUAUGCAGAUAGUGUACUAGAGCAAAAAAAAGAAAACAAAUCAAGUGUCUUCCUUUCGAAUAUAGAGAUAUGGUAAUGUCGUAUACGCGUAUAUUAUCUAUGCCUGCCAUCGUGAUUACUCCGAAAUCAUUUCAGAGAAAAUAUUUGUAAUAAAGAUGAACUCAAACAUAA